AUGGGAAGGGGGAAGAUAACAAUUUCGAGGAUAGAAAACCGAACCACAAGGCAAGUCACUUUUGCAAAACGGCGGGCUGGCCUGAUCAAGAAGACUCAUGAGCUUUCUGUGCUGUGUGAUGCUCAGAUCGGUCUUGUCAUCUUCUCAAGCACUGGGAAGAUGUUUCAGUACUGCAGUGAGUCUUCAAGCAUGGAGGAGCUGAUUCAAAGGUACCAGGUUGCUAGAGGGACUAGAAUAUUUCAACACAACGACACGGAAUAUAUGAAUGCUGAGCUGAGGAAAAUGAGGAGAGAAACUCACAGUCUGGAACUGAGCUUGCAACGCUACACUGGUGAGGACCUGAGCUGUGUGCGCUUUGAGGAUCUGGUGGAGCUUGAGCAACAGCUAGAGGAGUCUGUUAACAGGGUUCGAGCUCGCAAGUUUGAGGUCUUGCAACAGCAGAUAGACAAUCUUCGUGCAACGACCAAGAGGAGGGAGGAAGAAAAUGAGCAACUAUUCCAUCUGAUUCAGAUUAAGGCGCAUCAAGACGCAGCAUUUGGUCAUGAGCAGGCUCAUGAGGCAGAACAGGUGGAGAAUGUGCAGAUUCUACCAAAGUCUGAGGAACAUCGACACGUACUGGAUCAGUUCCCUUUUGGUGGUGAAGAACAACCAAGCAGUGUGCUUAAGCUUGCCAUGCCUCAGACUCAGUUCAACCCCUACUCUCUCCAGCCUCCUCAUCAGCCCAGCCUCCUCGAUUUCAAUCUCAGCGGCCGCUCUAUAUACGGUACGUACACAUAUAUAGUAAUUCGAGCCUUCUCGAUUACAAUCUCAGCCGCCUCCACCAUUAUCGCUUGUAUACUAGUGUUUGAUUAUAUGUAA